AUGUCUGAAAUUGAGCACAUAGUUCUCUGGCCUUUCAAGGACUCAUCCGAUCUGGAAUCCGCCACCCAGGCAAUCAAAUCGAUUGGUACUAAAGCUGUUCGCGAUGGGAAGCCUUAUAUCGUAUCGGAGGAGGAUCGGAGAUACUUUGUGAAGGAGGAUCCAGCACAUAAGGAGUUGAUCUUACUACUGAAGGAUAAGGUUUCUUCCGGCCUUCUGGUGCUGGACUUCAUUGAUGGUGGCGUAGAAAAUGUACCAAUUACAAAAUGUUAA